CUUAAUCUGUCCACAGAUGAUUUAGGACUAAAUAGCAUUGCUAGAUUAUUGUUGGGACAGUGCUAACUUAAAAACAACAACAUGUCUACUUCUGCCUGCACUUUAGCCACUUCACCUGCAUGAUUGGAGGAAGAUCAACAAUGGCCGCUGUGAGGAAGGUCACUGACAAGCGGCAUAACCCAGUGGAAAGCAUCUGUAGAAAAAUCAGAGCCAUCCAAAAGAGAGAAGACAUUUCAGAUCCAGUUCGACAGAUUCUCAAAUACCAGUCGAGCAAUUUUGAUAGUCCACAGAUUAACACUGAGAAAGAUAUUGAAGAGGUUCUGAAGAACAUGGCGACCACUCCUAUUCCCUCGCCCAACACUUUCUUCUCCAGUACCGCGAGAGACAAUGCCAUCAUUACAUCUCCUCAAAUAAGGUCUCCAAGAACCCCAUCCAUUUCUCAUCUCCGCUCUCCCGAGAAUGCCACAUAUCCUGUUCCACUCACAAGUUCUGAACACCUCUCAAGGCCAAGACCUGAGAGCUGUCAGAAUUCUACAUCCUGGGCAUCACAGACCAGGAAAGGGGAGCACUUCUCUACCAAGGAUUUGAAUAACCAUUGUGAAAAUCAUUUUAAUGCCUUAACACUUGACUUUGAUUCAACCUCUGAUAAAAACUCUGAAUGUCUUACUCCUCAGGAAUCAGUGGUGAAAAAAUUAUCUCUAAAUGAAGCUGGUAAAUAUUGUUCAGUAGGAGUUGCCAAAAUAAUAGAUUAUCUGAGACAAGAAAGUAGUCAAAAUUAUGAAGAUAGUGGACUUGAGAAGCUAUGGAACAUACUUGAUCCUAAAAAGGGAGACCUGCAUGUGGACCUGGAAAUUUUUCAUGCCAUCAUGAAAGAAUGGAUGGCUUGCUUUAAGAUGACCACAGAUAAAAGAGAACCUACGUCAUGGAGCUUCGAGGCUUUGAGUGGAGAUUCGUCUAAAGGAGUCUUAGAGGUGUCUGAUUUGAUGACCUAUGUAGCAGACCUGCAUUCUAACAAGCAGAAAUUGGAGGAGGAAAAUAAUAAGUUUAAAUCAGCAUUAGAAACCUUGGAGGACGCUAACUGCCAGUUAUCAAAGGAUUGUACUGCAUUGCGCCAUCAGAUAAAAAGUGCCCACCAAGCUAUUAUGAGAACAAAUCUGUUAGAAGAAGAGCUGGAGGAACUGAAAAUUGGUAUGAAUGCUUCUGAAGAGCAGAAGACCGUGAUUGUAGCCCAGAACAAACAAUUAGAGACAGAAAACCGGGCUCUGAUUCUUAAGAUUCGGAUUCUCCAAGAAGAGAAUACUAAGAACAUUAUGGAUAUAUAUAAAUUGGAAAAGAAGAUUGAGGAAUUGUCUAAAACUGAGACAGAGCAUCAAAUGCAGUUACAUACAUAUGAGAACACUUUGCUUAAUAAAGAUGCAAGCUUGCGGAAGAAGGAUUUAAGUAUAGAAGAACUUAAGUCAACUAUCAUAGAAUAUGGAACCAUUAUAGAGAAUUUACGAGGGGAUAAGAACAAACUGACUCAUGAGUUACAGCAUUUGCAACAGGAACUUAUUAUAAAUGGGAUCCAGUUGAAUAUUAGUGGAGAGUGUAAUAGAAUCAUCUCUGAAGAAGAAAAAUCUUUACAUUGUGAACUCAUUCUUGCUCAGUCUGCAGAGGUAGCCACCCAGGCGCCCCGGCAGUGCAGUUUAAUCAGUUUGUCGUCUCUGGAUAUGAUGAUGGACCAAGAAAUGCUGUUACUGAGAAAACUUGAACAAAAGGUAGUAGAAUUGACAGCUAUGCUUCAAAAGCCGGAAUUGUAUAACCUAUGUACACGUGAAGAAGUUUCCGAAGUUGAAACCAUCAUGGGUAGCACUCUACAGUGGGAAACUGAUUCAGAAAUUACUGUGAAAGAAAAGUGGGAGAACAAGCUUACUGAAGUCAAGUAUAUAAUGGAGGAGAAACUAAAUCUUUGCAUAUUAAUGCUGAACAGCUUGAGAAACCACGAAGAAUCUCUUGAUAAAGAAUUUGUCAAAUUAAUAGAGAUUUUGAAGAGAUUCAGGAUGGAAUACUUUUAUUUCACAGAAGAAUUUCUUUCCAGGCAGAAUCAAAGAGAAGCGCUUGAACAAGUGCAAGGAGAUGCUGUCAAGCAGGAAGCUGUUGUUAGGAAGAAAGUCCAGGGAACCAGCCAAUGGCCAGAUGACAGAGCGGAGCAGGUAGGGUAG